CUUGCUUCAGUUUACCUCCGAUGCUCGAACAAACCAGGUGGUAGCGCAUCCGCGUCUUCAGCACAUAACGACGCCAUUCAGUGUUCACGGGUCCAGCGUCGCCUGUUUCCACCCCCUGUUUCAAGUGCGUUUCGGUGAAUGGAAGAAGGAAGAAACGAGCGAAGGAAAGAAAAAGUAAACGAAAAAGUCAAAAGUGUAUCAGCAGCGUCUGCCGGUUACAUUAUUAUGUGUGUGUGAAGUGAAGUGUACAAUAUCACCUCACACGUGAAGGAGUAGCGCUGGUGAUUGUCUAUCGGUGGAAUCGGAAUAUCGAACAACGGGUGUGUUUUGUGUCGUUUGCGUAUCAACCAAACUAGCAGAAGAAAACCCGGAUGAAAUAAUAUAAUCAACCGGAACUGGGUUUCGGGUGUAAGGCAGCGCAUAAAAAAAACACCAACAAAGGCACAAACCAGGAAGUUUAACUCAACGAACACAAGCAGCAGCACCUCAAGAUAUAGCAAUCUCGUACGACCAGAAUCAGAAUCCGAGAACAUUGGAGGAUGGAAAAACCGAAGGCAAACGACACGACAGCGGCUGCACCGGCAGGUUCACCCUCGUCGAAAGGCGUUCAUCGCUAUGCAGUUAAUACGGAGAAAAGCGGUGAAAUCAUCGUCACAGUGCAGGGCGAUCUUUCACAACAGGAAAAGCGAGCCGUCUUCCUUACCGUGCAUGAUCUGGGCACGAACCAUUCUUCCUUCGAGGAGUUCGUCAACAGUGCGUGCAUGAUUGAAAUCAAAGAACGGUCGUGCUUCAUCCACAUCGAUGUACCCGGCCAUGCGGAUAAUGCGCCCAAUUUGGCCGACUCGUUCCAGUUCCCUUCGCUGCAGCUGCUGGGCGAAGAGUUGGUCACGGUGCUUGAUUUCCUGCACGUGAAGUACGUGAUCGGUAUCGGUGAGGGUGCCGGUGCAAACGUACUGGCCCGUUUCGGUCUCGCUCAUCCAUCCCGGCUACUCGGGCUCAUUCUGAUCAAUGUAACCGGUUCGGCCGCAUCCGUACUGGACGUGUUCAAGACGAAGUUUAUCUCGUGGAAGGGUGACGAAGUUGGCCAAUCGGCCGAGGACUUUCUGCUGUAUCACAAGUUUGGCUACCAACUGGUAGGUGACAAUCCGGACAAGGAGAAGAUUGUGUCCGAGUUCCAGAGCCGCCUGCACAGCUCGUUGAACAGCAAAAAUCUAAAGCAAUACGUCAAAGCAUUUAUGUCGCGCAAAGAUUUACCACUGAAGAAUUGUAAGGUUGAUUUGCUGCUGAUCACCGGUAUUAUGAGCCCGUACGCUAGCGUCGUCGAGAAGCUGUACAAGGAUCUGAACAAGGAGAAGGUCACACUGCUCAAGGUGGAACGAGCUGGAGAUGUGUUGGCUGACGCUCCCGCCAAAGUGGCGCAGUCGAUUUUGCUGUUCUGCAAGGGUCAGGGUUUGCUAACGUCGGUAGCUAUGCCCGGUGUCGAUCGGAACCGUGCAUUCUCGACCAGCUCUGGCGGUUCAACCGAAGGAUCAACCGGUGCGAGACGUCUGUCCCGUGGCAUGUCCAUGGAGGACUACGAUAAGCCCAACAUUCGACGACUAAGCGUCACGAUCAACGAGCAGUUGCCACCGAUCAAGAAAUAGAACGAACUGACACGAUCGAGUAAUGCCGGAACAGAAAUAGACGAAGAGGAGCCGGACGGAGCCGAAGACGAAUGAAGACGGUCUUAGACUUCCGGUUCACACUAUUUACUUGGCCACUCGAUUUCGUGUUUGCAGAGAAACGGUUUGCACUAAACAUACGGCAAACGAUAGCACUUUCGCUAAAAAAAAGUUCGAAUUUUCUACAAAACAAAAAACAACAACAAAACCACCAUUUUUAAACACAAACAAAUAGACAAAACAAUAUCUACUUCCUGCAUAAAUACCUAACGUAGUGAACGUAAAUAUAUAUGAAAAAAAAAACACAUUUAGCGCAUGAACAAGAAACAAAUACAUUACUCCUGACGGAAAACAAAACAACAUAUUUUUAUCUAAAUGUAGACCACAAACAGUAAAAGGACCUUUGUAACCUCAAAACCAAAACAAAUCGUUAAAAAAAAACACUGUGGCUUGCUUAAUCGUAAAACAAAACAGAAACAAAAAUUGCUGUACCACAAAACCAACUACGCUCUCAUGGCACAAUUUCAGCUGCAGUUUAAGUACAGCAAAUAUCUCUUAAGGCUUUUAUGUCGGUUGAAGAAGUCUUACCCGGCAUAGGGUGUAGAAACACGUGGCGCUAUUUUCAAACAUCCGGACGAGCAAUUCACUUCUACCGUGGCCGUGGCCUGAAGCUGCUUCAAUUUGAUAGCGAUAUAUUCGUAUUGUACCGAUUUGUAUGAUUUCUAGAGCCUAUAUAUACACACACAUUAAAACAGACACACACACAUUCGUACACACAACUUACUAUACAGCAGAAAGUAUAUAUACACAACUAUUUAAAUAUGAGCCACUCUGAGGGCGCCACGUUUGGCAAGGGCGAGAGUAAUAGCGACGAAAGCAAAUGGUAAUAAUAACUCGUAACAUUAUAGUAAGUAGCGAACGGAGAGGAAGCAUCGUUGAAACGUUUCAUCUUCAUAACAUAACAUAGAAGAAGAAAGAGAAAAUUUACCAUACAAAAAAAAAACUCAUUAAACUAUACACAAAAAUAUAUACAUGGAAGCCUAUAUUUUGUCUCUUUUUUGUACCUUUAACGAUACGAUGACUGUGGCAAGGCAAACACAAAAAGGAACUAAAACGAUAAACCGAACAGCACACAAUAAAGACAGCAGUAAAAAGGAGCAAACAUACACACGUAAAGCCGAUAAAGAAUGGGAGUGCGUAAAAGUCUUUCUAAAUAUUCCUCGAUGUCGUAAGUAAAUACGCGAAAACAAAACCAAAACGAAGCCAAAAUGGACGGAAAAGAACCAAACAUAUAGCAGACCAGAACAGAAGAAAACGUGAUUACAAAAGCCAACACAAAAACUAAAUAUGCCAACAGUGUUAGAUGGAAGAUGCAGUAAAACAUUAGACAAAUGGAGGAAAAAUUAAGGCAACAUAAAAAUAAAUAAACAGCAACAAGUAGAAACUCUAUACGAAACAAAGUGUUGUACACUUGGUUUGGGGGAAAGUUAAUAAAUGAAAAAAAAAAGAAAAAUUGCGCCGGAAACGCAAAAUUAUACUAAAAAAAAACACAUGAAAAAAAAAAGAAUUCUCCACUAAGGAAAAUUAGUCUAACGUUGACGUUAGGCUUUCCUUAUAGCGAUAGAAGCGAACGACGGAAGGAUGGCUUCAUUCGAUGAUCGUUCACGUUGCCAACCGUGAUCAGUAGACAGUAACACUAGAGCAUAGCUGUUGCAACCAUGUGUUCUAUUGGUUUUAGUAAAAAAUGAUUCUGCUAUUGGUUUAAAUAUGGAACACGAAACACGUAAAACAAAUUAUACGCGACCAGAAGAAAAUGGUAAUAGCACCCGAACAACAAAAUAUAGGCGCAAUUUGGGGCAGAUCUAAUUGGAUAAAACUCGACAAAUACCAGCAUACCGAUCGUGUAAAGAGGAUACAAUCCUUGCAAAAGGGGGGAACAAAAAACCAACCCCAGAAACGGAAACAUGUUCAGCUUAAUUAAAACUCAAUAAUCAUGCAAAAAAAAAAAACAAAACCAUAACAUGCGGGCGCGUGUAGCCAAACCAUCUAAAUGCAAAUAUUAGCAUCUUACUUAGAGAAUAUAGUUGACGAAAAUGUGUGA